AUGGCAAUUACUUGCAAUCUUCCUUUCAACGAUCGCUGGACUGGUUCUGAGCCCAUUGCCGGUCGGAGCUUGGGCUUUUUUGGGACUCACGACUUCUAUUCUAACGAAAACAUUGACAUUUUCCACUGCUUUUGGAUUGCGACAUACUUUGUGAAGUGUUUGGGGAAGAGUACAUUGGGUUUGUCUUAUGGAUUGACUCUUAGUGAGGUCCUUAUUGCUCCGGCAAUGCCCAGCACAACGGCAAGGGCCGGCGGUGUGUUUUUGCCGAUCAUUAAGUCUUUGUCACUGUCGGCCGGUAGUAAGCCGGGUGAUCCAUCUGCAAAGAAGCUUGGGUCUUAUCUCGUUCAGUCUCAGUUCCAGGCGAGUGGAGCGAAGGAAGAAGCUCUUACUCACUGCCAGGGUAAGGCGCUAAUGCCACUAGCUUGCUGGCUUGUUAGAGCAAUUCUUAGAUAG